AUGUCCCUAAUACUCCUAGCGAUAGUGCUAUGGAUCAUAACGUACUACACUGUCAGGUACAUAAGAGAGCUCAUGGUUAUCAAAGAUGCCUACGGUAAGGCAGUCUUAAUAACAGGCUGUGAUUCUGGAUUUGGUAAUGGACUAGCCAAACAAUGUAUGACCUACGGAAUGACCGUGUUUGCUAGCUGCACCACUGAACAGGUAAGCCUUAGUUUAGCCGAGAGCCCUAGUCCAGAGCCCUAGUCCAGAGCCCUAGCCCAGAGCCCUAGCCCAGAGCCCUAGCCCAGAGCCCUAGCCCGGAGCCUUAGCCCAGAGCCCUAGCCCAGAGCCCUAGCCCAAAGUCCUAGCCUAGAACGCUAGCCGUAGCCUCUAGUUGACAUGGAAAACCGGCCGGGCCCAAGUUCCAAGCCCUGACCGAUCUAAUUUUAGCUCAGGCUUGGCCCGUUUUCUAUGUUUAGCCCAGAGUCCUAGUCCAGAGUAGACACGAAAAGCGGGUCGGGCCCAUUUUUCAGGCUGGGCUCGAUUUAAAUUUCGCUGAGGGCCGGCUCGACCCAGCCCAAACCUAAAGUUGUAUCGGCCAGGCCUGCUCCGUAUUCCUAGACCAGAGCAGUAUUCCAAAGCCUUAGUCCAGAAUCCUAGUCUAAAGCUCUAGCCUAGUACCUUAACUACAGCCUCACUCUAGGGUAAAGAAGACCUAAUAUCCGACUGUAAGCACAUGAAAGGAACGUUACACGCCUUUCUGAUGGAUGUGACUAGUGAUGAGCAUGUUCAACGUAUUCAGCAAAUGAUUGAAGAUACUGUAGGAGUGGCUGGGUUGCAUGCCAUAGUUAAUAACGCUGGGAUUGCUGGUGAAUUUGUGUGGGAUGAAUGGCAGUCGACUGAGAGUUAUAGACGGCUGUUUGAAGUUGAUACACUUGGAGUGAUAAGAGUUACUCAUACUUUUAGAAAUAUGCUUAAGAAGAGCCGGUAAGUCUUAUGGUAUUAACAGUCACGGUAGGGUAGGGUAGGGUAGGGUAGGGUAGGGUAGGGUAGGGUAGGGUAGGAUAGGGUAGGGUAGGGUAGGGUAGGGGUAGGGUAGGGUAGGGUAGGGUAGGGUAGGGUAGGGUAGGGUAGGGUAGGGUAGGGUGGGGGUGGGGUAUUGUAGGGUAGGGUAGGGUAGGGUAGGGUAGGGUAGGGUAGGGUAGGGUAGGGUAGGGUAGGGUAGGGUAGGGUAGGGUAGGGUAAAGUAUUAUAGGGUAGGGUAAUAUAAGAUAGGGUAGGGUAAAAUAUUUUGCUCUGUAGCCUUAAUAAAGCCUUUUUCAGUGGAAGAAUAGUCAAUGUAUCCAGCAGUUUCUCUGUCUGUGCGCCAGCUCAAAUUGGGCCGUAUGCUGUGGCCAAGUACGGUGUUGAAGCUUUUUCUGAUACUAUCAGGUACGGUACAUCAAUAUAAUGUAUACUGCCUUGCCUUGCCUUGCCUUGCCUUGCCUUGCCUUGCCUUGCCUUGCCUUGCCUUGCCUUGCCUUGCCUUGCCUUGCCUUGCCUUGCCUUGCCUUGCCUUGCCUUGCCUUGCCUUGCCUUGCCUUGCCUUACCCUACCUUACCCUACCUUCUCAUACCCCAAUAUGACUCCUAUUCUAGCCGAACUUCAUGGUUUAUCUUAGCCUAGUCUGGAUUCUUCUCUACUUCAAGGCCCUACUAUUCUCAUAAUAAAGCAUACUGUAACUUAAAUUUUAAUUUUUUCAGAAGAGAGUACGCAAUGCACGGUAUAACAGUUUGCAUUGUGGAACCGGGCUUUCUACGCACACCAAUGAACAAAGUUGAAAAUGGUCUAAGAAAUAUCGAACGGGCAUGGGAACGUCAGCCAGACAAAGUGAAAGAAGAGUUUGGGGAAAAGUUCUUUGAAUUCAGUAGGUUUUUAGCUGCCUAGCUUUAUCGUAGUCAUACCUAGCCUUUUCCAAUAUCUUAUCUAACACUAUGUGUUCUAUAGAACAGCCUUGCCUUAGCUUCGGUCUAGCUUUCCCUUACUGUAGCCUUACUUAAGCCUACUCUGUCUUUAGACUUGCCUUUCUCUAGCUAACUUGUAGACGUACUGUGCACUAGCCAUACCUAAGCCUACCUCAUAUCUGGACUAGUUAUACCGUCGUUCUGCUAUAGCGUUACCUUACUCUAGUUAUACCUAGGCCCAUUGUGUCUCGCAGUUACUAGGUACUAAUCCCAAAAUUUCAGCCAGAGAAACUACCCAAGCCCGCUACGGCUUUGGCUCUGACCCUCAACUUGUCGUCGACUCCUACUUCCAUGCCCUGACUGCCAAGUACCCACGAACACGUUACCGUCCAGGAAUUGAUGCUCUACUGUACUAUGUACCAUCUGCUCACAUGCCUACUUUGCUACAAGACUGGUGGUUCCAAAUGCAUCCGGCUUACAAAGUUAUGAGCCCCAAGGAGUGCAGAGAACAAGUUUUGAACUAG